AUGCAGGUGCUUUUAUGGAAGCCUAACACAAACGAAACUUCACCUAAAGAAAUAACAGCAGAGAUUGAAGGAUGUCAAAACAAUUCUACGCUGGAACGAUUUGUUGAAAGAUCAAAGUCUUAUCAAAUGCUGCCUUCACCCAAAGACUAUUGUUCACAACUUCUACAACCUCUAAAUAAUGCUGCACGUUUGUUAAUUCAGUGGAAAUUGAAAAUGCUCAUUCUAAUGGGAAUUCCUUCAAUUGUUGCUAAUGUUGUAUAG